AUGUUUUGCCUGCUUGCCCAACAAUCUAAGCCUCGCUCACCUCAGGGGCGAUGUCGCAGCCUGAUCCAAAGCCCAGCCAUCGUCAGGCAAAUGUGUCUUCACCGCGGCGCCACCCGUCAGGCUCCCCAGCCUAAAGUCCGGCUCGCCGCCAAGGCUGCCAAAGACGUCGCCGACUUAGUUGGCCAGGGAGCCGCCUACGCCCAAGAGAGAGAGCAGGGCGAGUUGUAUCUCUUUGACUCCUGCGCCCCGGGCAGCCAGACAACCAACGACAGCCGCAAGUGCAAGAUGGCCAAGGACAGCAUGGAGAAGAAGUCCCAGCGCCGCCCCAGCGACAGGAAAAUGAGGCCGAAGAAUUUGCAAGCCAGCCCCUUAAUGAGCGGCGGCCGGCGAGGCAGGGGGCGCAAGUCGAAGGGUGGAGGUGGAGGGGCGAGGGGCAGGAGUGUCGCGGCUGCUUUGGUGGCUGAAUCUGGAACCUCUAAGGAAAGGCCUAAAGGCAAGUCGUCCUCGUCCUCGACUCGGCCCUCGCUCGACGUCGACAGAUUGCUCCAGCCCUCCAUGCCAAGCCGGCCCAUGUCGUUGAACGGAGGGGAGUAUCGACGCCGAGUACUCCGCCGGCGACAAGAAGGCCGCCAUCAGCAGCCUUCCCCGCUACAUCUAGAUGCCCUCGGUAGGAUCGGCUGGAUCUUCUUGGAUGGCGGAAACUCGAAACUGACCGAUUCUAACAUGCUGCGCGCUUCCAUGUCGCUCUGGGAUAAUCAGGCUUACGACUGCAACUGCGGCGCCGAGGCCCAGGGACGGUUCGAGGCACCCCUCGCACAGGAAGGUGUACUUGAGGUGGCCCUCCACAGCGACGCCCUCUGGCCUGCCAAUGUCGUCCCCGUGUACGGCACCGGCCUCCCGCCAGAGCCGCCUGUGCCGGCCGCCUCUGAGCGCGGGGAUUACUCGUGCGCCGCCUGCCAGAUGAGGCAGGCUGAAAAGGCCGAGGCGCCGAAGGGGCUUGGCUGCUGGCCUAAUCUAGAUGACUGCCAAGACCAGAGGGGGGUUGGCUGA